AUGGAAGCAGCUACUUCUUUGGUAUGUUCAAAAGUCACACCUUUUGGGUUUACAUUCCCGCCCAAACACAGUUUAACCUCGUUCAGACCUUUCAACAAACAAUUCGAAGACAGAAGUUUAUCCGUAAAAAAUGCCCUCGCCCUGAACAGUCUGAAGCUUAUCAGAACUCCUUUAAAUCGCUAUGUCUUACAUGCAACCAAGUUUGGUAAUCUACCUAGUUUAUCACUGAAGAGCUGUGGAAAUCCCUCUCGUUUACAGUCAAAUUUUGCAUCUCCGUUAUCUGCUGCAAAUUCUGAAACUACAAAUCGUUUCCACCUGCUCAGAUGCUCAUAUUCAAGUUCCGAUGCAAAGAUUGCUGACUCACAGAACCCCUUGCUGAAAAGUCUCAGAAAUUUCAAUUUUGUGUCUUUGAAAUCAACCCUUUUGCAGUUGACCCCAGUUGACAUUUGCAAGUGGUUUUUGAUAUUCUCAGUUGCAAUUGCAGCGUCAAAAUGGAGUCUGACUUUACUCUUCAACCCAUUUUUCUGGAUGUAUUUUAGCUGGACGUGGUUGUUCUGGCCAUGGUUAGUAGCAAUUGGCCUUGCAAUUUAUGGCUUUUAUAGUCUUAAAAAGCAUUUAGGGGGUGAAGCUAGUGUGCUAGAGCAACUUGCCAUCGUUACCUCAGCUUUCACUUGGCUAACAUUAGCCCCACCUGCUCAUUUCAAUGGCUUUCUUGAAGGAUGGCCCUUUGUGUUCUUUUUCGUGUACCAUUAUUUCUUUUUCCUCAAUGUGAGUGUCCGAAAGCGGUUAUAUGGUGAUUAUUAUCCUAGGAAGCAUGAUACGAAGUGGAACAUUAGUCUGCCCAAUUGGCAUAAGCUUUUGUUUUGUGUUGGAGUGAUGGUUGGACAUUGGCUAGCAGCAUAUGAAGGGACAGAACUGCAUCUAAUUCCUGGUGGGUGGAACAUUGUGGGUAUUUGGCUUUUGAUUGUGUUGACUGUGUUCAUGCAGUAUCACUCCACUUUGUAUUUGGCUAAGUAUUCCGAGAAGGUGGUUGUGCCCACUGCUGUUGUCCAGUUUGGGCCAUACAGGUUUGUUCGCCACCCGAUCUAUGCGUCCACGAUGCUCCUGUUUGUUACAUAUUUCACUGCACUCAGAGCUCCCAUGAGUGCUCUAUUUAUAGUUGCGGUUUGUAUUUUGUACUAUGGGCAAAAAGCAAAAUUAGAGGAGGGCUUGAUGCUAGAGACUUUUGGAGAGAGGUAUACCGAGUACAUGAAUAAGAUCCAUUUGCCCAUCCCUACUUCUGUCAUUAUACCAGUCUUCUUGCCUCCUAGCAUCAACAGUAAAAACUACUAUUCUGUUAUUGUUUCGUUAUAUGGCACUGUUGCUCCAUAG